AUGAAAUACUCCUUCGCCCUAGCUUCCUUGCUCGCCGGAGCGGCGAGUGCCCAAAACUUGUCCACCGCGAAUCUGGCGGAUGUGGAUAUCACGACGGCGGGAAACAACACUUUGUUUACGAGAUGGAGGCCAACUUCGCAUUUCAUGGGACCUCACUCAUGGAUGAACGAUCCUUGUGCGCCAUCCUAUGAUCCCGCGACCGGAUUGUACCACUUGAUGUAUCAAUGGAACCCUCACCACAUCAACUGGGGUAACAUCUCCUGGGGUCACGCCGUCUCCAAGGACAUGGUCACCUGGACUGAUGUUCGCGGUUGGGAAGACGACAAAGCCCAGAGUCUUGGUACUGGUCCCAAAGGCACCCUCGACCAUCUUGGUGUCUUCUCUGGAUCAGCCCAGUUCUUGCCGGCGAACCAGUCCUACGGCCUUCCUGGACUGAACUUUACCAGCGGACCUACAGACAAGACCAUCAUGGCUAUUUUCUACACCUCCGUACAGCACCUUCCCACCAACUGGAGGCUUCCGUACAUCUACCCCACCGAGACCCAGACUUUGGCUGUCUCCGUUGAUGGUGCUAUGACAUUCACAAAGUUCGAAGGAAAGGGCGUCAACCCCGUUAUUCCUCAGCCCCCUCCAAAUUUGGACAUCACCGGGUUCCGCGACCCCAUCUACGAGAAGUGGCCCGAGAUGGAUGAUAUACUUUUCGGGAACGCAUCGCUCGGUAACUUCUACACUGUUCUCGGCUCAGGAAUCAAGGGCGCCGGAGGACGACUGCCACUCUACUAUGCCCCAGCCGACGAUUUGACAGACUGGCGCUACCUUGGCCCUAUCUUUGCCCGUAGUGGAAACGAGAGCUGGAGCGAGGUUUACUCUGGCUCCUUCGGGUACAACCUCGAGGUCGCCGGUGCCUUUUCUCUUACCGAGUCUGGCAAGCACGGAGGUGAUAGCGAGACUACUCACCACUUUGUCAUUAUGGGAACUGAGGGUGGUGAAACCACAAAGCACCCCUCUUCCCAGUGGGCUCUCUGGUCAGAGGUAGCCCUCACCCGCUCUAACAACGGAUCUGCACACAGCGAGGUCCUUUCCUCAGGUGUUCUUGACUGGGGUCUAUCGUACGCCUGGAACUCGUUCUGGGAUGCUCCUAACAAGAGACGUAUUGCGUGGGGUUGGGCAAAGGAAGAGGAUCUGACAGUCGCAAAGACUGCACAGGGCUGGCAGGGAGUAAUGACCUUGCCCCGUCAAUUGUACGUCAAGGUCUACAGCGGUCUCAAGAACACUGCCGGCGUCCUCACCACAAAGGGGUCCUGGACCUCAGAGCGCAAGGCCGAUGGCACCUGGCAGAUCAAGACGAUGGGAAUGCAGCCCGCCCCCGAGGUCGUUGAGUCGCUCCGUGAAGGUGCUACCAAAGCGUCUGUCAAUGCCACAAGCGUAGCUCCCAACACCUACAAGGCCAUUACAAGCAACCUCUCUGCCAACAUCCAUGCCGAGAUCACUAUCCCACAAAACACCACAACUCCCGUUGGCUUUUCAGUUCUCCGCUCUCCCGAUGGCGAGGAGGAGACCCUUAUUGUCUACGAUCCCGCUGCGAAAGAGAUCAGGGUUAUCCGUGAGGGAUCAUCAACUCUCAACUCGUCAUAUGUGAACACCUACGCCAAUGUUGCACCUCUUUUCCUCCUUGACUACUCUAAUGGGAAGAGGGAGAAGCUUGUCUUGGACAUCUUUGUUGACAACUCCAUGAUCGAGGUCUUUGCCAACGAGCGUGUCGGCAUCACUUCACGCGUGUACCCCGCUAGAGUGGAUUCCACUGGCUUGGGAAUGUGGACUGGUGAAGGAAAGGGAGAGGUUACCUUCUCCAAGGUGAAGGUAUGGACUGGGUUGAAGAAUGCCUUCCCCGAGAGGCCAGCCAACAGCAGUAAUGCGCUCGUAUGGGAUUCGCCGGAGGAGACUGGAAACUACACUUGGUGGCCUGGUAAUUAG